CUUGCUGGCGCUGUCCAUUACCUGCGGUGCUGAAACUGAGCUUAAUCAAAUACGGAAUGAAACGACUCUAAUUUCACAGUUUUAACUGCAUCAUGCGCGGGACAACGGUAAUUUCAAAUGGUUUGUCACUUGGAGUAAAGUGCGAAUUAAAUCAACCUAAGACAAGUGGUUACAGCAGGCUAGUUUGAGCCAAAAGUUCCUGUUUCCACCGCCGGCUCAUGGUACUCAGAGCGUGGUAUUGCGUUUUUCCUCAUCCGUUGCCUCAAUUCUUCAACACAUGAUCGGGAAUUUUCUUACGCUCUCCUUACUAUCAAAGGUUAAAUUACGUUGUGGGCGUAGCGGCUUCUCGUAAUGGCGACCGUGCCGUAGAUGUGCCUAGGUUUGUGAAAAUGAAGCGAAGAAGAAAUUAUUUCUUUUAAGUAAAACGCCGAGGUUCCCCAGAGAAGGACUUUGCGUCUACAAUUAUCGUCUUUCUUAGGGGUAAACUUAGCUAUACUUUUGAACUUUUGAGCCACGAAAUGAUGAAGCUCAAGUCAAACCAAACCCGGACAUACGAUGGGGAUGGCUACAAGAAGCGGGCCGCCUGUCUGUGUUUCAGGAGCGAGACUGAAGAGGAGGUUCUACUGGUGAGUAGUAGUCGACAUCCUGACAAGUGGAUUGUUCCUGGUGGGGGAAUGGAGCCUGAUGAGGAGCCCAAUGUUGCUGCUGCUCGAGAAGUGUGUGAAGAGGCUGGUGUGAAGGGGACUUUGGGGCGCUUAGUUGGAGUAUUUGAGAACCGAGAGAGGAAACACAGAACCUACGUCUACGUUCUCAUUGUAACAGAGGUCCUGGAGGACUGGGAGGACUCAGUCAACAUUGGGAGAAAAAGGGAAUGGUUUAAAAUAGACGAUGCCAUACAAGUGUUGCAGUGUCACAAGCCUGUGCAGGCCACCUACUUCGAGGCUCUCCAAGAGAGUUGCCUGACCAGUAAUGGAACACCCUUGGUGGCCACGAUAGGUGGGGACCUGUCCCCUACCUACAACAUCAAUCAGAGCUCCGUCUCGGGUAUCAGAUAACUAAAACAUAACACUGACACCCCGGGAGCUUUCGCCACCACUUGCGCUCUUACUUGUAUCAUUGUUUUAUUUUUUAUUUUUUCUUUCCUUUUGUUUUUUCUGUCUCUUCUCUUCUCUUCCUAUCAUUUUCCUUUUUUUUCUCUCAAUAACAUGGUUUGCCUUGCCAACUCCUUUGUGCCAGAGCUGUGGCACAGACUUGAUGACAAGUGUUGGGUGAAUAGUCUGAAACACUUUGUAAAUGUAAAUGUAAUUUUUGACCCUUCUUUUUUCUUUUUACUGACAAUUGCAUGAAAUGUCCCUCGCCCCUCCUUGCUCCCCUCAUUCUCCUUCCUUAACACGCCCUUAGCGUGGUGUUUAUUGAAUGCAAGAACUACUUUUUACUGUUGUAAUGUAAAAGUGUAUACUUAGUGCUUAAGCUGAAGGCUUUUGGUGGUCUUUUUAACGUCUCCUCCUAUUUUUGGUUAUUUUUCUGUGAAUGAAUGUGCCCAUUAGUGUAUUCUCCCCUCUUAUAAGGAUAGGAAAUGUUCUCUGUAUCUGAUUGAACAGAACUGUGGGAAUUGACUUGUCUUGCAUGAGCACUAUUCUGUUGUGUCUCACUCACUUGAGUGACCUGAUGCUGACUGUGCAAAAGGUAGUCUUUUGUGGUAAGGUCUUUGGAUUCUCUUCAUUUUGCUCCUUAUUGUGGUUGUUGAUGUCUCGCGCAUUAAUCAGAAGGACAUGGCCCCUUGAUACAGUCUUUCAGUUUCAAGUGUCAAGUAUAUUUCUCCCUCCUCUGGGAAGCCAGCCAAUCACUACAGGAUUCACUCGAAAAGAGCGCAUAUAUAGAGAGAGAGCAAGAAUGAAAGAAUGUCAACACAAUGUAAAAUGAACCAUCUUUCUCCUCAGUGUCUUUACCUCCUUUUAAUCCCUCUGUUCUGUAUUAUGGUUAUCAUUGUUGUUAUUAUUUUUAAUUCAAAGUUGUGAAUGACUGCAAAGUCUUCCUCCAUAUACCGAGAGGGUAGAAGUAGUACAGAUUUCAGAAUUAUGGAUAUGUACUUUCAUACUGCAGCACAUAUCACUUAAGUUAUUCAAACCCAUUUCCAUUGUUUUUACUCCUCACAUUCAGUUUGGUUGAUAGCAAUUGUUUACAAUGUGUUCAUAACAUCGCACAGGUGACUUUUUAGUGGGCACUUUUCAGUAUGGUCAUUUUUUUUUAAACCCUUUCUUUAGUAUUUAAUCUGCAUCCCCAAAAGCACUCAAAACACCUGCUUGAUAUUGAAAGUAAUGGAAUCUAAAAUGCUGUUUUGGCAAGAUGCAGAACAAACAAGCCUUGUACAGUUUGAGACCUCGUUUUUAACAUGUAAAAUGCUUUUGGAUACUAGUAUAUUUUUUUUUUCCUCUCUCUCUUUAACGUCUGGCAAAAGUCUCUUUAGCCAAGCUGCGUCACUUGCCUUGAUGUGGCACAGAGCAGUUGGCUCAAUACUGUGAAACUGGAGGCGCUGUAGAUAGCAUGUAAGACGUUUUUAUUGUAAAUUGUUUAUUUCUGUAUAGAUCAAAGUUGAGAGUACAAAUGACAAACACUUCUCUUACACAUCUGUGAGUGCUACAUGUCGUUUCAACCAAGGCUGGAAGAAUUGACUGAUCUUGUGGCAUUGGCUUUGAGGUUCUUUUUUUUUUUUUUUUUUUUUUUUUUUUGAGGAUUUUCUCUUGAGAAAAAGCAUACAGUACAUCUGGGGCUAAAGAACAAGGAAUGUCGCUGGCUUUGUGUGGCUGUGUUUGUGAGUGAGAGUGAUGAGCCUAUUUAUAAAAUCAAUAUUUUCAGAAUUCUUAAAUUUUCUUAGACCAAAGCAAAUACAAAUUAAAAUCCCCGGCCAUUUCUUUAUUUGCUUUUUCUUCAGUUUGUUUUUUUAGGCCAAGCUAUAAAGUGGACAUCAGCUGUAGUCUGAGUUUCCAAACCACUAGUCUGUCAUUUAUACCACAUAGUUGUCAUCGCCCCUGUUUAGAAACUGGCAGGCCUGAAUAGUGACAGAGUAGUGGUGACUCUUACUGGCUCUCUCUUUCUUCGUUCUCUUUCCCCCCAUUUCGUUGUUUGUGGGGUCAUCCUUGUCCCAGCAAACCAAGCAUUGGCCAAUUUGUCAAUUGUGCUUAUACCCAAUAUUGUUCUGUAAUAACCCAUGUUUCAAGAAAUGUCAUUUUCUAAAAGUAAAGGUGAAAGGUAGUGGGUCACUUAGUUGAGUCUGUUAGGUCUCAUCCACAACAGAUUGAGACUUUGAACUGGAAUUUUAUUGACGUGCAUCAGACAGGUGUGGUGGGCAAAGUCCCAGUUUAUUAUGUCCUGGCACUUCAAAUAAGGUUUCAGAUAGAUUCGACCUUUCAGUCUUCUGAGUGCGUGGUUAGACAUUAAGGGGAUGAACUUGGAAAUGGUGUGGGGGGAGGGGGGCUGACCCUGAGUAACUGACGAGGGAUUCAGUUGGCUCACGGUGGUUCGAUGUGGACGACAGGUACUGUUCAAAUGAAUGUGAGGAGGAUUUCCACAAGUAACAGCCAAUUCCUGAACAAUUAUGACCACUUGUUCUUUAUCCUUUUUUCUGUCUGUACUUUAAUCUCUUGUGUUAUUGACAACAUAUUGUCUUGUAUAUAGCUAACAUGGCACCCCUCUAGCCAGAGGUUUGGGUUUGAUCAAUAAUGGUUAAUGUCAUUUUUCUUUUUCUUUCUUUUCUUUUCUUUUUUUUUUUUUAACAUGAUCCCCUCUAACUCCAAAUUCAGCCAGUUGCUCUGUCAUAGCUAGAAUGAUAGAACAUACAUCAUCCUUUUCUUCCUCUUACUUCUUAUUACAGAAUUGGCUCUUUUGUAUGACAUUGAAGCUUCUGGACUUUGGCAAAAUCCACAAGGAAAAAAGGAAGAAAUAGAGGAUGUAUUAUUUAAAGAUCAAGUGCAGCUUCAGAUAAAGAAAGUCAUUUCCUUAAUUCACAAGUGGUGAUGGUUGACAUGCUGAUCACCAGGUGUGGAGUUGGCACCAUCUUGUGGUCAAAGAAUACUACUAAAGCACAUCACUGCAACUGAGGAUUGUAACAUUCUGCUGUUUCUUUUAGCAUAGCUGGCCUAAUAGAAUUUUAAUUAUAUUUUUGGUCACAUCAUUCUCUCAACUGAGUGACUUCAGUAGUUGAAAUUGAUUAAAAAAAAAUGUUUAAAAAUUACCCAAAAAUACCUGGUAUUGAAUUGAAUAAAAAAAAAAAUUGAACACAUGUGCACUUCUAGCCGUUGACCUCAGCCUUGAAGUUACCUACAUAUUUGUUGUAAUUGUGUUCUCCAAGGUAUAUGUGUCACUGGAAUUUUCUUUUCCUCUUUUGUCAUUUGGGACUGUGGAAUAAACCAGUGCGAGAAGACUGAAGAUUGUAAUAUAAAUGUGCCAACAAAUAAACACCAGUAUUUCACAUUCA